CCUCUUUUGUGUCACUCACAUCCAAUAUGGCUCCGGAGCAACGGAGACGCACAGUUCCCUAGAAACGGAGUACACACACAACGUUGCCUUUAAUGUCGGAUAAAUAACAAAACGACGAGAUUUGUUAUGAAAAUGCAUAUUCUGUAGCUCGAUUUACAAGUUCAUAACACCACCCCCCUUAAACAACAUAUUUCAGGGAAAUUCAAAAUGACGCAAAGUGAAAAGCAAAAACAAAAUGGAAAUGAAGAAAUCAUUAAAGAGUUGUGCACUGGCAAUGGGAUAUCCUAUGAGAAGGUCUCCCAGGAAGGUGAAGGCGUCACUGUUCUGGAAAUGUUUUUCUCGGGGUAUCCCCGCAUGGUGGGACUUUCUUAUUUUCCGAACCUGACCACCCUAAUGCUGGUAGGACAGCACAUUCAGAAGAUUGAGGGGCUGCUCUCCUGCCCACUGCUCAAGGAGCUUUGGAUUAUCGAGUGCCAGCUGACUAAAAUUGCUGGUCUUCAAAACUGCCUUCGGUUACAGAAACUCUUCCUUUAUGACAAUAAAAUUAAUAAGAUUGAAAACUUAGAGCUGUUGGAGAAACUAGAGGUGCUUUGGCUUAACAACAACCAGAUUGCAGCCAUUGAGGGUCUGACAACACUAAAAAACUUGGAAGAAUUAAAUCUGUCUGACAAUGCCAUUGAGAAAAUUGGCCAUUGCCUUGAUCCAAAUGAACUCCUCGAAAGGCUAAACCUUUCUGGGAACAAAAUAUGCUCCUUUAAGGAACUGACACACUUAGCAAGACUGCCUUGUUUAAAAGAGCUGGGUUUAAAGGAUCCACAGUACAGCCUAAACCCGGUGUGUUUGCUGUGUAACUAUGCUACACAUGUGCUGUACCACAUACCCAAGCUACAAAGGCUGGAUACAUACGAUGUGUCUAAUAAACAGAUUAAGGAUGCAGCAGAGUCUACAGUGAUGAAAAAGAUGAUGUAUUAUAACAUGCGAGUGAAGACCAUUCACCGCCGACUGGCAGAGAUGCUUACAAGACUCGUGAAACAAAGAAAUCUAUUGCAACAGCGUCCGGUGGAGCAAAUAAGAGCUCUGAACUUUAAUCUAAAAGACCUGGAAUGUGAAUUAUCUGAGAUCCAAACACCUUCCAAAAAGUGCAGUAGCAAAGAGUCCCCAGACUCCAGGGACGAGCAGAAAUGUGUGACAGAGGGAUCCAGUAACAACAGCAGCAGUACUGGGGACAGCGUGGGGGAUCCCUGCCUGGAGCAAAAACUGUUCCGGAAACUUGAUGCCAUUAAAGACAGGCUUGCAUUCUGGAAAAGAAAGAUGGAUGAAAUAGAGACGAUCUACCAGCAGGAGGUAACAAGAGCCAAUGAGUCUAAUGACGUGAUGGUGCGAUUUCUGCUGAUUGAGCUGGAAACAGUGGGAAAUAUUCGAUUUGAAGAAGGCUCCACAUCUGAUGUCUGGUUCAGUUCCUGCUAUGACUUAGUCCUCUCCCGGUUCUGUGCAUUGGAUUUCAAGGCUUAUGGAGUUACAGGAGUCAAAAUAAAUCGUAUAAUCAGGGUCCAUAAUCGAAUUCUGAGACUCCGAUUUGAAGAAAAACUGCACUCUCUUUUGGCAAAUGAGGAAUCGUCCAUUUUCUCUCAAAACUACAAAAAAUUGCUGGAAUACCUGUUUUAUGUCUGUGAUCCACGACUUCCCAGUGGGAAGGAUGAAUUAUUGCAUGUGCUGGAGAAUGGAUUUAAAACUGCUGACGCAUACAAGGCUUUGGGUAAAGAAAGAGCAGUUCCACUCUCCAAUAGUAUAAGUCUUUGUGAGCAGCCAAGAAUAGAAUAUCUACAGUCGCAGGCCAAAGCCUGGGGAAAAACUGUCAUUGAUCCUGUUCCAUUCAGACAUGGCCAGAUUAUCGUUGCCAAGGUCUUCCUUGGUCCUAGCGUCCAGGCUCAGAAAUCAGAGCCAAUUGAUCAGGUGAAUUACCCAAAGGCUCAUUCUGUCUUCCGCACUCGAAAAGUGGAGAAAAACACAGGAACCGGGGAAGAUAAAGAAUUGGCCUGUUUUACGAAUCAGCAUAGGAACUGUGACUGCAGCCUGAGGCAAAGUGAAUGGUUUGUCUUUGACCACGAGCUUGUCUUGCCAGAAUAUAUCAUUGACUUUGAGUAUAUCAUGCAGGACAGGCCACAGCCCCUAUUCACCUCCCUGCUUGAUAACAUGACUGGUACUGGCAGUGAAGACCCGUCGUCUGCGCAAGCAGUGACAGGGUCUACUUCUGACAUAAACCUCGAUGAGAAAACGAUGAACAUGGAGCCAGUUAUCAAACCUCGACCCAAAAUGAUCAGCCUGGAGGAAAAGACUGUGCUUGCGGUGGCGAAGGCAAACAUCCUCAGUCAAAUCACAGUUCUGAAUCUUCACGGAAACAGUCUGAAUAAAUUAAAGGACCUGUCUCGUCUGACGGCCUUACGGAAACUUAUUAUCAGCUUUAACGAGUUCACACAUCUGGAUGAUAUUUCACAUCUGCCCCAUUUAGAGUAUGUGGAUGCUAGCUAUAAUCGAAUCCAGACCCUGGAGGGAUUGAGAGGGGUGCACAAGCUAAAGCACUUGGAUCUGAGCUGGAACCACCUGACUAGAGACAGAGAUGAUAUCGGAGUCCUCCACAAACACGCUCCAGCACUGGAGUACCUGGACAUCAGACACAAUCCCUGGCACAAAACUGGAUCCCUGCGCUUGACUGUAAUAGGGCGACUGAAGACACUGGCCCACUUGGAUGGAGUGCUUGUCAAUGAAGAGGAGGCUGCAUCGGCUUUACGAAUGGCUGUUGGAUUCAGAAUUACUCAAGGUUCCCUGUUGGUUCACUCUCGGACCGAUCGAGCCCGGCCACGCAGCCUCAGUUUACUCUCAUCGGCCCAAAUACUGACCCACCUCAGCAAAAACAAACUGGGCACAUCUGCUGAGUUAGAACCAGGCUGGUACACGAAGAUCACUGCCCUUAACCUUGACGGACAGAAACUGGUACGACUUGUCAACUUGGACAAACUGCAGAACUUGCGUUGGGCAUCUUUUAAUGACAAUGAUAUCAGCAAGAUUGAAGGCCUUGAGAACUGCCAGCAGCUUGAAGAAUUGUCUUUAGAUGGAAACUGCAUUUCACGGCUGGAAGGAAUUUCAAAGAUGACCAAAUUAACCCAAUUCAGUCUCAAUAAAAACCAGUUGGUCUGUCUUAAUGGAGAAAUCCUAGAGAAACUGACUCACCUUCACUACCUUUCUGUGGAAAACAAUAACAUCCAAUCAUUAGAAGGGGUGCAAAAGGCAUCUUCAUUGAUCGAAUUUUACAUCGGAAACAACAGCAUAGCUACAAACCGGGACAUCCACCAUUUAAAGGGCCUAACUAACCUUAUUAUCCUGGAUUUAUAUGGGAACCCUUUAAUAGGAAAUCAAGAAAACUACAGGCUGUUUGUCAUAUUCCACCUGCCUGCGCUCAAAGCCCUGGAUGGAGUUGCUGUGGAACUGUCUGACUCUGAGAAUGCAAAGGAUGCGUUUGGAGGCAGACUGACACCUGAUAUGGUCGCAGAGAAGCUGGGGCAUUCAAAUUACACUGACAUCCUUCAGCUGGACUUACCAGCAUCUUCAAUUAGGACUGUGGACCUUUCUCCAGCAGAUCUGUUCAGGCGUUUACGAAGCAUUAACUUGGAACACAACAACCUGACCUCUUUCAGUGGCCUCAUUUUUCUUCCUAAUUUAAAGGUUCUGUGUCUCAAUCAUAACCAUAUUGAUUCCAUUCUGCCCAGACUUAAAACACAAGCCCAUUUAAGUAACAGGCAAAUGCUGUACCAGAAAGUGAACUCCAGUGGCUACGGGCAACAAGGACUUUCAAAAGGCACCAGAGAUCCAGUGCCCAUUGAAAGUUUGGUCCCAAUAAUGGAAAGUUUGGAGGUGCUGCAUUUAGGGUACAAUGGGAUUUCAAGUCUUGCUAAUCUACAGCUCAGUAGGCUCACACAUUUAAAAGCACUCUUUCUACAAGGUAAUGAAAUCAGUCAGAUUGAAGGACUGGAGGGGCUGCAGUAUCUCCGGGAGCUGGUGCUAGAUCAAAACCGGAUCAAAACAAUAAACGAGACCUCCUUUAUAGGCCAGGUCUCUUUAGUGGAGCUCCAUCUCGCAGAGAAUAGGAUUCGAGAACUGAACAACUUGCAGCCUUUGAUGGAGCUUCACAGACUGUUUCUGGGAAUUAAUAAAAUACAGGACAUAUCAGAACUGGAGAAACUGGAUACUCUUCCAACACUGAUAGAGCUUUCUGUUGUUGGAAAUCCUAUUGCACGCAAAAUGAUGCACCGCCCAGCAGUGGUGCUUCGACUUCCUGGCCUUCAGGUCCUGGAUGGGAUUGCAGUGACCGUGGAGGAGAAAACUCGAGCUGAACUGCAGUACAUGGAGCUACAGUGUUCCCCAAUUACCAACCCCGCAUUAGACAUAAACACAUGCCCGCCUGGUCUCAUGCCCGCCUUGGCAAAAGCGGCCCCAUUCCGUGUGACCAAUGUACAUCUAACGGGGGGACUUCAGCAGUUUCUGAGCUCUGACCUCUUCCUGCCCCAUGACUUAGAGGACUCACCGCAGCACGAAACGACCAAACAUAAAAAGCAGAAGCACACCAGCGGGAUAAUUUCAACCAAUUCUCGGAGCCUGCAUGCAGAAAUUGCCUUCAAGCAACUAAGAGGUGGAACACAUUUUCCACCCACAGCUUUAAUGCAGCAGAAUGCUGCUUCUCGUCUAAACUACGCUUAUCCUAACGGCCAGGAACAAGAAGGAAGGUUCCACAGUAAUAGCGCACCCAGACCUCCACGAAUGUAGUUAAUAUGACAUGGAAGAUGCUGUAUUGGUGAAGUGGUUUUAAUGUGAUGUAAGUACAACAAGAAAAACAAGAUGUAAACUCUGGAAGAGGAGACCAAACUUGUACAUUUAAAAGAAAAACAUUUGUAUACGUAUGAUUAUGGUAGCAUGCAGGAGGGGAAAAAAAAAAAUGUAAUAAAUUAUUUCCUGCAUUUCAAGCAAUUUACUGCUGCAGCAACAAAAGAAUAUGCCACCAGCAGCCCUCUUUUCUAGUUUGUGUUAAUAUUAAGAGGUUUGAAUUAGUCAAAUCAAAAUGGGUUCUUUGCUCACUGGCUUUGUCAUUAGAAAUGAUCACUUUUAAAGGUCAAUGCUUUCUUCACACCAAAUAUCAUUUCUGCUUGAUAUUCAUAUAUGUUCUCAAAAAAAAAUCAGCACACUUCUCGAUGGUAUAAAAAUGGAUCUUGAAAUUGAAGUGUGACUGCAUGAAAACAGGCAUAACAUGAGUGUUGAGUAAAGCCUUCCAUGGUCAUGUAAUCUUGGCACGUGUGGGAUAAAUUAGUUGUGGUCAGCCAUACAAGUGGUUUGAGUGACAGGCUGUCUGAAGUUGCUGUCUUGUGUGUUUUCUGGCAAUAGCAGAAAAAAGCGGAAAUAAACCCCAUUUAAAAACAGCCACAGGUGCUUGGCCUGUAUGCUGUGUGCCAGUGGGUCAAAUGGAUACCCAACAAAUCAAUUGCAAGCGCAGUUUUUAUUUCUUAUGUCUUGAAAUACACUCCUGCUGUGUUUCUUUGCAUCGCAUCACUGUUGUUCCAAACUUUCCCUUUGUGAUUGGUAAUAGGGAAUGGGGUGGCAUUCAUCCCAAAUGGAAAAGAAGUCAAAUGUUCCCAUGGUGGGUAACUUGCAAGAUCUUUAUUUAUAUGUUGUAAAUAUUUUAACAGACCUAUCAAGCCCAAAAGACACAUCCAUGUAACAAGUUAUGUUUCUUUGUUGAAAUAAAUGUUUGUAUUUUAGAAAUACAUAUUUUCUUUUCUUUGUAACAAAGCUGUAAGACUCUUUGCACACUUUUAAGCAUUUUAAGGUGAAUUUACUGUUAAUUUGCUGGUAUUUUCUAACCACACAUAAGGCAGGUUCCUGGCACUGGAAAUGUCACAAGCGUGAAAAGAUCCUGCUGAUAACCCGGACUGCACUGUGUUUCAAUGCAUAUAUAGUGAAGUCACAUUGAAUUGAGUUCAAUGCACUUUAAAAACAGGUUUAAAGAUGUAGUGAAAAGAGACAACCACAAGAUGUCCUUGCUUCACUGCCUCAGAUUCAGCAAGCCUCUGGUCUGCUUGUAGAGUCGGAAAACAAAUUCCUCUUCAAGACUGGAACUUAUCCUAAAAAAACACACUGAAGGAGGCACUUACCAAAACAUGUUUCUGCUUGACUUCGUUUCCUAUAGUUUUACCUUCAAAUUCCGAUUGAGCGUUUUGAAGUAAGGAAUGAUUUCAUAUCUCUUUGUAGAUGGGGCCCAAUAUUUGUUCUACUAUAAACCUGUUAACAUUUUUUCAGCCAGCUGAAUUAAAGCAUUACGGCAAAUGUGCUAUUGAUGAGAACCACUAAACAAGAGAAAUGCAAAAAUGAUCAGUGAUGGUUUUUGAAAUCCCUUGAUGAGACUCCUAAGGCAUGUAACCAGAGAUACUGUGCUGUAGAGUCUCAAACCUCCUAGAGUGUACGUUGAAAUGUGCCAUUUUAAGUAUCUCAAUAAUUACAGGCAAUUUCGUUCACUAACCAUCUUUAUUCAGUUUAAAUGGACAAAAGUUGAUUCCCCCCCCAUUCUUGAUCAUUUGUAAGUACCUGUGCUUUUCUAAAAUGCUAUUUGCAUAAAGACCAUGAAUUAUUCAUAGCUCCACAUGAGAGAGUGCAAACACACAGCUUGGCAGGGGCUCAGAUCCCUGUGUGUCUAGCACACGGCUCAUAGCUAGUUUAAUGGGAUGGAAAGUGACAGGUUAUCGUUUCUGUCUUCCUGCUAUGGAGCUUGGCUUCUGACAGAAUUCACAUUAGCCGUCUGCAUUUUAUCAUCAGUCCUGUUUUCACUUGUUUUAUCUGUGGGAUACUUGCCACUGAGCCCCUUUGCCAUCUCCAGUCAUUAUUGCAAACCUGCUAAAGUUAAAGAGAUGAGCUAUUGCAAGUAAAACCUUUAUAUGAAAGCCCUGUUAAUAAUAAAAGGUCUGGAUGUUUUUCCCCCCAUACAACCUACUUAGUGUUCAUAGGAAAUAACUACAGAUUUGUGACAUGCAUGUGAAUGGAAAUGGUACUAAAUGAAUCAUGGGUUUGCUUUAAAAUGUUCAACAGAAAAAGGUAGCCUUGUUUAUCUUGCAAUUAUAUUUGACUCAGUCUUAAAAACAAAGCCCCUAAUACACAAAGCCAUUAUGAUUUUCAUAGUAAUUGCUAUUCCUAAAUCCCUUUGUAUUCUGACAUGAAUCUGCCAUUCCAUAACAAUGAGAACAAGAAAACAACAAGCUUUAUACUGAUCUGCCUUGCUUGCUGAAAACGUCCCAUGGUCUGUGCAGAUACUAGGGUAUAAAGGCUCCUUGUUAUUGGACCACAUAGGUUUCCUGAUCAUGUGAAAGCAGAUUUGAAAAGGAGCAGUGCUAUUGUUAUUGUACAGUUUUUUUAAAUGCCAUAUUUACAUAUGUUGUUUAUCAGGUAGAGAUUUGGUGUUAUUGAUGUAAAAAAACAAAACCAAAAAAAAAAACAUGUUGACAGAAACUGCAAUUUACAUUCAAAUGAAACAUGAUUGUCUGUGUAGGGGCUUAAAAUAAAUGUGUUUCUGAUUUGAUUAUA